AUGGUGGUCGAGGUUAAUGAUACAUUGAGGCCAUCCGUUCACUUCGAUUCCCUUUCUCAUCGCAAUCGAGUCUAUAUAUGCCUCAAGCUUCUCUCUUUCAAUUCUCCGCUUUGCGUUCUCAGCACGACAUCGGAUUUCAAUUGGUUUUCCUCGGAUCUUUGUGUUGCUGAUGUUCUAUUGUGGAAGAGGUGGCAUGUUUGCCUGGGUGUCAUUGUUGUUGCUACAGUUGCCUGGAUCGUAUUUGCAUGGACCAAUUUACCAUUUUUAACAAUUUAUUCAGAUGUCUUACUGAUUUUGAUCGUACUGUUAUUUCUGCAUGCUAACUAUGCUGCCCUUAGAAAUAAACAUCCACCAACAUUACCUGAACUAGUUGUGUCAGAGGAGAUGGUUAAUAAUGUAGCAACUUCAUUUCGAGUCAAAAUCAACAAUGUGCUUCUUAUAGCUCAUGACAUCACUAUUGGCAAGGAUUUUAGAAAUUUUUUUAAGGGAGUGGGGUGCUACAUUAGAAAUGCAAAGAUGAACUUGAGUAACAAGUUCAAAGAACUUGUUAAACUUUUGAAAUUCUUUGCCACUUCAAAGAGCCUGAAGUUGGGCAAAAAAGUUCAUGCCCAGUUGGUUAUUCGCAACCAAACUUCAAAGGGCUAUGAAAUCACUCACGUAAACUCACUGAUCAAUCUAUACUCCAAAUGUGGUCAAUUAGAGUAUGCCAGAAAGUUGUUUGACAGAAUGCCCCAGAGAAACGUGGUUUCUUGGAGUGUUUUGAUGGUGGGGUAUUUGCACAAGGGGGAUGUUUUGGAACUACUUGGGCUAUUCAGGAAACUGGUUUCAUUGGACAGUGCAUCCCCCAAUGAGUAUAUAUUUACCAUUGUUCUUUCUUCUUGUGCUGACAGUGGGAGAGUCCAAGAGGGGAAGCAGUGUCAUGGGUAUCUGUUGAAGUCCGGGUUGUUAUUGCAUCAAUAUGUGAAGAAUGCACUUGUUCUCAUGUACUCAAGAUGCUUUCAUGUCGAUUCAGCCAUGCAGAUCUUGGAAACAAGGCCUGGGAAUGAUGUGUUUUCUUAUAAUUCUAUCUUGAGUGCACUUGUGGAGUCAGGGUGUAGAGCAGAAGUUGCAAAAGUUUUGAACAAGAUGGUGGAUGAAUGUGUGUCUUGGGAUGGUGUUACUUAUGUGAGUGUGUUGUGCUUUUGUUCUCAGAUUCGAGAUUUGCAAUUGGGUUUGCAGAUUCAUGCCCAGUUGCUGAAAACUGGUUUGGUAUUUGAUGUCUUUGUUAUUAGCACACUGUUAGACAUGUAUGGGAAAUGCUGUGAAGUUCUAAAUGCAAGAAAACAUUUUGAUGACUUGCGAGAUCGGAAUGUGGUUGCAUGGACUGCCAUGUUGACUGCUUAUUUGCAAAACGGAUAUUUUGAGGAAACUUUGAAUCUAUUUACGAGGAUGGAGCUGGAGGAUACACAUCCGAAUGAGUUCACUUUUGCAGUUCUUCUAAAUGCUUGUGCAAAUUUAGUGGCACUAACAUAUGGUGAUGUAUUACAUGGUCGAACAGUGAAAUCAGGGUUUAAGAAUCAUCUCAUUGUUGGAAAUGCUUUAAUAAAUAUGUAUUCCAAGAGUGGCAAUAUUGAUUCUUCAUACAGUGUGUUCUCAAACAUGAUAUCUAAAGAUAUGAUUACAUGGAAUGCUAUGAUAUGUGGUUAUUCCCAUCAUGGACUUGGUAAACAAGCUUUACAAGUGUUUCAAGACAUGAUGUCUGCUGGAAAAUGUCCAAACUACGUAACGUUCAUUGGCGUACUUUCUGCUUGCGCUCAUUUGGCUCUUGUGCAAGAAGGUUUCUACUAUUUUGAUCAACUAAUGAAGGAACUUGAUAUUGAGCCUGGACUGGAACAUUACACGUGCAUGGUUUCACUUUUGUGUAGGGCUGGUCAACUUGAUGAGGCUGCAAACUUUAUGAAGACAACAACACAGGUCAAGUGGGAUGUAGUUGCCUGGCGCACUUUGCUUAACGCCUGCCAUGUUCAUCUAAACUACAGUUUAGGGAAACAAAUUGCGGAAACUGUGAUACAGAUGGACCCGCAUGAUGUGGGAACAUAUACAUUGCUAUCAAACAUGUGUGCCAAAGCAAGAAAAUGGGAUGGAGUAGUGAAGAUUAGAAAACUGAUGAGGGAAAGGAACAUUAAGAAGGAACCUGGAGCGAGUUGGCUAGAUAUAAGAAAUGAAACUCAUGUCUUUGUUUCAGAAGGAAGCAAUCAUCCAGAGUCUAUUAAGAUUUAUGGGGAAGUUCAAGAGUUGCUGGCAAUGAUUAAGCCACUGGGGUACGUGCCUGAUGUUGGUGCUGUGCUGCAUGAUGUGGAAGAGGAACAAAAGGAAGGUUAUCUUAGCUAUCACAGUGAGAAGUUAGCCUUAGCAUAUGGCCUCAUGAAAAUACCUCCACCAGGGCCAAUCAGAAUAAUAAAAAACCUUAGGAUGUGUGAUGAUUGCCACAUUGUUGUAAAAUUGAUCUCAAAGGUCACGAACAGGUUGAUAGUUGUAAGAGAUGCUAACCGUUUUCAUCAUUUUACAGGUGGCUUAUGUUCAUGCAAUGAUCACUGUUCUGGAGAUUUCAGUUUAAUGUCUGAAUCAGAAGCUCAGCUUCCUACUGCUUUUGUUGCUGAUGUUCUAUUGUGGAAGAGGUGGCAUGUUUCCCUGGGUGUCAUUGUUGUUGCUACAGUUGCCUGGAUCGUAUUUGAAUGGACCAAUUUACCAUUUUUAACAAUUUGUUCAGAUGUCUUACUGAUUUUGAUCGUACUGUUAUUUCUGUAUGCUAACUAUGCUGCCCUUAGAAAUAAACAACCACCAACAUUACCUGAACUAGUUGUGUCAGAGGAGAUGGUUAAUAAUGUAGCAACUUCAUUUCGGGUCAAAAUCAACAAUGUGCUUCUUAUAGCUCAUGACAUCACUAUUGGCAAGGAUUUUAGAAUUUUUUUCAAGGUGGUUAUUUGUCUGUGGCUAUUGUCUGUCAUUGGCAGCAUCUUCUCCUUCUUCACACUCGCAUAUAUUGGAACCCUUCUUAUGAUUACCAUCCCUGCAUUGUACCGCAAAUAUGGAGGUUAUGUAGAUAAAUGUUGUGGUGUUCUACACCGCCAAUUUUCAAAACAUUAUAGAAUAGUAGAUGAGAAUGUUUUCAACAGACUGCCACGAAAUAUACCAAAGGACAAAGAGUCUUGA